GCGCUUUCCACGACUAUUUUGCUCUUGUCGUGAAAUGGUAUAGCGGAGCUUUUGCUACCUUUCAUCGAUAUCUCUCGGCGGGUUUGGGAACAUUCCUGGCUUACGUUCGCUUUCGAACGCUUUCCUGGGGGGCUUUUUUCUUUUCGAACGCUGCCGCGAUCGAAGCGGUUGGAGAGGUUGGGGAAAAAGAAUUUACCUAGACAGACUUUGGAUGCCGUUUUUGGAAAGCGUGGGAUAGAGGAGCGUAUUGGGGAUCCGCGGGAUUGUGGACUAUAACGAUUGACGGUCGAGAAAUUUUCGGAUCGUGUUCCGAAUCGGAACGAUUCUUUGCGAUCCUUGGUGAAGGGGGAGUAACAGCACGACUUGAUCCAGGGAAGACUUUCGCCAAAAUCGACGACACUCCAAGACCUUUCGAAAUUAUACAUGAAAUAGAACACAGCAAUGUACAGGGCUCGAACCACUUCCGCCACGGCUUACGAGCCUUCGGUUCUCCUCAUCGUUGCCGGCGGCACCAUUUGCAUGCAAGACACUGCCGACGGGCUCAAAACCUCCCAAGUCUUCCUCGACGAAUGUCUCUCGCCCAACUAUCAAUUCAACGAUGGCACGCCCAUCCCGCCGACAGACAUCACCGACGAACAUGGCGUCCGUCGUGCAGCGCGAAGUCUCCGCCUGCCACGCGACCGGAGCGGCGCCAAUGUCCUCUGCACCGUCCUCGAGUUUGCCCCUCUGCUUGACAGCGCGGUAGCGCAUGCCCCGACGUGGAACCAGCUCGCUCAAACACUGCACGCGAACAUGGCAUCUUUCGACGCCUUCGUCAUCUGCCACGGCACCGACACCCUGGCGUACACCGCCGCCGCGCUAUCCUUCCUCUUCAUGUCACAGGGUCGGCUGGAGAAGACGGUCGUCCUGACCGGCGCACAGCGGAGCAUGUUCUUCGCCGACUCCGACGGCGGCGCCAACCUCCUCGGCUCCAUCGUGCUCGCGAGCCACGUCCGCCUCCCGGAAGUGACGGUCUACUUCGGCCACAAGCUCCUCCGCGGCACCCGCGUGACGAAAGUCAGCGCGUCCAACUACGCCGGCUUCGAAAGCCCCAACGCAGGACCCCUCUGCGCCGUCUCGGAGACCGGCAUCGUCGUCUACGGCGACAACCUCCAGGAGAAGAAAAAACAAGCCCAAAGCAGCCCAGAACACCCCGCCAACGACGACGACGAAAAGCCCCUCCCGCACCUCGACAGCAGCACCGCCAUCGUCCUCAAAGUCCACCCGGGCAUGACCGCGGCGCUGCUCUCCACCAUCCUCUCCAGCCCGUCCCUGCGGGGCGUGAUCCUGGAGACGUUCGGGGCGGGCAACCUGCCGGUGUCGCUGGUGCCGGCGCUGUCGGGCGCCGUGGCGCGGGGCAUCACGGUCGUGAACGUGACGCAGUGCCUGCACGGCAGCGUCAGCACCGCCUACGAGCCCGCGCGCAAACUCGCCGAGGCCGGCAUCGUCGCGGGCUACGACAUGACCACCGAGGCCGCCUACACCAAACUCGUCUACCUCCUCGCCAGGCCUGACCUGGGCCCGGCCGAGGUGAAGAGCUGCAUGGCGGAGAACCUGUGCGGCGAACUCACGCCGCCGCCGAUGGAGAAGGGAGGGAUUGAUGGCCCGCUUUCGGUGGCCCAGUUGCCGAUACGCGUGGAGAGGACGGUCACGGGGCGAUUUACGAAUUUCGGAGGGUGAAUAGGGUCAGGGAAUUUCUUCUAUCUUUUCUCGCCCUCUUAUCUUCUGCUUACCUCCUUUUCCCGGGGUUUUCUUUCACGGCAACUGUUGGGGGACUUGGGGAGGGUGGGGGGUUGCGUGUCGUCUCGUCAAUGUCCUCUCCCCCGGCGGGGUUUGGUCAUCUGGAGUUUGGACUUCAUACUGCACGUAUAGAACAACAACCAACCAUCGACAGUCUCGGCAUGGGCCCAUGAAGUCGGUUCAUGUCCGCGGUCAAUAUAGAUGGAUACUUCUGGCGAGCGAUACAUGUUCCUGUUACAGUACGGAUGGUAGCGCAAUCUGACAACUUUUCUGUUCGCUGGAUUCCCAUUUGUCGUCCAUCG